GGCCGCGGGAAAGUAGAGAGUGGCUAAUCGGCGGGUGAGUUUUUUUUUCGUCGGGGCUCAGCCGCAGCAGGUGGAGAUCGCAAGGAUAUCUAGGAUGCUGUGAAGAGGGUUGAACGAUCACGAGGAGUUGAUACUCGCUGGUGAGGAUCGGUCUGGUCGGUGGACAGAGGGACAAACGUGGUGAUCGUGGACCUCGAGGAUGGCCGGUGACGGUGCGACGGAUAAUGACGUCGGAGAGGGGAGCGAUCAGGGUGCGUCAGCGCAGGGAGAACCACAUUCCAGAGUGGGCGGCAUUGUGGAAUGCGAUCCCCCCGGUAACAGGAAUUCGUCGAGCGAGCUGCCCAACGCUAUCGGGGACGGUGCGUGCCGCUAUGGUGCGAGCGGUGCCAGCAGCGGUAUGUCUUUCGUCGAGGUUUGUCAGGUGCGUCUGCAGCAUCUCUUUCCCCAGCUGGCUCCUCCUGCCAGGUAUAGCCUGUGCGAAGACUCCAUAGAGCUGACUGCAGAGUGUUUGGCCAAUGAUGUCAUUCGGUAUCUUCUUAAGGAGGAUAUAUACCUGAUAUCCAGGGAUCCAAUCUCUCGUAGCAUGAGACACAAUGUCUACCAGAUGCUCAACAAGCACAGCAUACUCUUCACUAGCAUGGUCAAUCGACUUAAUGUUGUGCCGGAUACUGCUUAUGAGGCAUUCAUGGCUGUUGCCGAUGAACUGUUUCUCCAUGGUGGUGUUACGUGGGCUAGGAUUGUUUGUCUGUAUGCCUUCAUGGGAAGGCUCGCACUUUGGGCUAGGGACAGACGAAUGCAUGCACUGAAGAAGAAAUUACCACUGUACGUUUCAAGAUACAUUGGAGAGGAGAUAGCACAUUUCAUUAAAGGCUAUGGGGGAUGGGAACAACUUUGUAUAGAGUAUCCAGUCGCAGAAGAAGUCAGCGGAGCAGUUUGGAGGAGUCUCUUAAUGACCGGAGCCACCCUAGGCUUGGUCGCCACUAUAUUAACUGUAACUUCCUGAAGUGUAAGAAGAAUUCAGUAAACUAUUAACCGUGUACUUAUAUCCUGUGAUCGUGAUCGUUCAAAGACAGAAUAUUAAAAAAUAAUUUAUCAUGAUAACACGCCAUUCAGGUGAGUUUAAGCGAAUCGAUUCUACAUUUGUUUAUAAUCGGAAAAGCCGUUAAAACGGACACAAAAUUCUUAAUUUUUUAUUUUUGGUACGUAUACAAAGACUAAGGCAAAUAGAAAGACCCUUAUUGAUCUCCAAUUAACCAUGACUUUCUUACACUUACUCUUCAAAGUAUUUUUCUCUUUUCUUUUUUUUCUUUCUUUACUCAAGCGCAAGACAACAAUGCAAGUUCCCUAUUAACUAUAAUAAUAAUAAACUUUUCUCAAUGGGUUAGUUCAAUUAGUAGGAAGACUUUCUUUGUUUAACUGCGAGCAAGGCAUUUUGCCCCUUCUUCAUAUGAAAUAUAAUUUUCAACGAAUGAUACUUAAAAAAAAAGAAUUAUAAAACAAAACAGUCGACAAUUUAGAUCUCAGCGCCAAACAAGAAUCUCGAAAUUAUAUUGAAUUUAGGUAGACGCGAACUAUUUGUAUUUAUUUAUAAUUUAUUUUAGGUAGAAAAUAUAUUAAAUAACAAAUUCUACAAACGAUACGCUUGGCCACGAAUGGCCAUAGUAGCAUCUCUCUUGCUGUAAACAUA